CACACUCCUCCUCCUUCCACACACCUCUCCAUCUCACACUCCAUCUCCACCUUUAGUCACUUCGCUAAACUCUAAAACUCUCCUCGUAGCAGUGAUCAUGUCCAGGAUUAAAACCCUAAACGACAUGGCCGAUCUCCAGCGUUCAGGGUUCGGCCAGCCGUCUCCUCGACACGGACUCAAGCUGCUCUACUGGUUUGUUAAUAACUGCGUGGAAGUGACUCAGCAGAAUCGGAUGCUUUCCCUCUGCAGCCCGUCCACAGGUGACUUUGGAUUUCGAAUCUUCCACAACAGAGAUGAAGGAGGAAAAGGCCACCUGCUUCCAGACUCCAGCAACCUGCCGUACUACGAGCUCGGGAACCUAAGUGCGUCUGGAGCGAAAUCACUGCCUGAGUACGUCAGAGAGAAAUACACCGGCUUCCAGGACAAGAGCAACACCGACCGCAUCAUCAUCAGCCUGGAGUCCGGAACGUUCCGCAGCAUCUACGUGACGCGCCACGAGACCCGGUCGAACUUUGACCCGAGCCACACGUUCUGCGUCGGCCGGAAGCUCGUGAGAACCAUAAAGAACCUGCAGAGAGAAGAUUUCCUUAGAGCAGCUAAACGCCGUGGGAACGUCAGGCCUCGCUGUGACACGAAGCUCCACGCUGAACAAUCUGACAGAAAUCAUUUACUGCAGGGAUCCUCAAGGUCUCAGCUCCUCACACCUCACAGAACUCCAGCACUCUCUACUCCAUCACAUCAACCGUACAGCCAGGAUUUACAUCCACACACUGCACCACGUCACAGACUCCAUCCUCACAAACACACCAGAACCCUCUCAGGCUUCUGUUUCAUCCUCCUGUUCCUAUUAACUGCUGCAGUUUUAUUGUGUUAAAACACAAAGAUCCUCUGUGUACAUGAAGGGUCUUAGUGUCCCAGCUGGUCCUCACACCACAGCAGGGCUGAGUUCUGGAUUCUGAUUGGUCAGAAGGGGUUGAUUAAUUUUCUAUGACAGCAUCUGUGACAGUCGCUCUGAUCCGUUAUCGUUUCUAUAGUAACAGCUCGUUCACAGGGACGUGUACAGCGGAUGUCAUUGACGUGGUGAAGUUUUCUGUAAGGGGACGUUUAUUUAAGAUCAUCAGGACAAGAGCUUACACUAGCUUGUUUCAUGAACAUUAAAUGUACAUGUAAACAGAAACAAAUAUGACGUAUUGUUCUUGAAUUUAAAAAAAGAGCGGAAGUUGUUAGCCUGCUGCGGUGUAAGAGGAAUAAAACCCUCAGGGACGUGCUGUUACAGGAAAACUCAGGGUUUAUUAUUGACCUGUUAGGAGGGUUUAUUCUGUAUAUUUAUCAUAUAUGUUCUAUUUUAUUCACUAUUUAUUGAUUACUAGGGAUUUAUUUAGUUUAUAAAUAAAGGGGGCGGGGUUGCACAGAGCUGGUUAUAGGCAGGUAUAAAGGUUACGAGUGGUUAUAUAAGCUAUAGGAGAAUAUUUAUCACAUUUAGAAAGGGGUGUACAAACUUUUGCACUAGACUUUCUGUAUGUGUUUCAUCAUCUGAGCAUGAAAUCCCCUGCAGCGUGUUUAUGUAGCGCUCUGUACAGACGUACAACUUUACAUCAUGCAGGUUAACAGAGGGUCAGAUUUAGGUUCAUGUUAAACAUGUGAUGUGUCUCUGUUUGUUUACUGAAAGUAAAGAACAUGACGCUGGACCUUAAACCUGAUCCUGAGUCAUCCCUCCUCCUCCUACUGCUCUUACUGCUCCUAACGCUGCUCCUCCUCCUACUGCUCUU